AUGGGGUGUGAUGUCAAGGUAAAUUUUAAUAAGUCUAGUGUGACGUUUUGAAACCGAUACACGGAAAAGGCCAAAAUCUGGGCUAAUGAAUAGGUGCUCAUUGCUGAGUUCACCAAACAUAAUCAAUCACUUCUCUGGUCAUAGAGAUCUCAAUUUGGAUGAAACAUGAGUGUGUUAGUCAACUACCACUGCAUACCUCAGACAAUUUGCCUGUGUUUUACCUUCUUCCGGCAUGUUGCCAAAAAAACUGUUUAUUUAAGUUUCCAAAUCUUCGUUUUCCAAUGUGCAAACGUUUCCUUCGGGCUUUAAUAGCCCUUCACAAUCUUGAAUGAUCAGCACCCUCAUGCGUAUAACGGUUCGGUUUUCCGUAAUAUCGCUCCGUUUUCCAGCGUUUUGAAUGGUGUCCGCUCCCACGUAAUUUUCUGUUACCUAACUUCAUGAAUAUGUCGCCUAUAAAUAUUGACAUCAAUAAAUUCAAUAAAGUUGUAUUAACUUAAAAAGUAAUAAAAAUGUAGCUGUUUUGACCCAUUGCUGCGGUAGACUUUAAUCCUCUCAGUUACAGUUUUUUUAAGCUAGAAAGCUGAUUGGCUACCUCAUUUUUUGCAGACUAAACGAAAUCAAGUUGAGUCACACCUGCAAUCGGCCACGAGUAAACACCUUGAUUUGGCCUGCUUAAACCUGCGUAGCACUCAAGAGGAGUUCAGAGAAAAGACAAGUAAACUGGAAGAAAAAGUGUCUGGGUUAGAGAAACAAAUUAUCGACAUGAAAAAAGUAAACAGUUUUCUAUUCAAGAAGAUUGCUUCUCUUAGCACGACACACGAAUCAGUGCAUGAUGAGAAAGUAAGUAGUACACCUAUAGUCCCGAGUCUCUCGGGCUUUAAAUUGCCCGGCGAACCCAUGGAAUUCAAUUUUAUGAAUGUAACUCCUCAGCUGUCGUGGAAGAUAAGAGGCAUCACUAAGAUGUUAAAACCACCUGAACCGUACGGAAAGACAGAAUUACAGAGCGAACCUUUCUACUCAUCUAUCAAUGGCUACAAAAUGAAAGUAUCUUUUUAUCCCAGGGACACGAAGAGCAACAAAAAUGGAUAUUUGUCAGUAUUUUUGGUCAUCAUGAAAGGGGAAUAUGACGAGGCAUUGUCAUGGCCUUUCCGUCAUAAAGUAGUUUUCACCCUAAUUGAUCAGAAAAGAUAA